AUGGAGAGGGCAGGAGAGGCACCUGCAGCGCCCCCUCCUCCAGGCUGGCCUCCACGCUUCCCUGGAUUCCUCACUGGUCCCCGUUCUUGGAAGCAAGCCCCCUUUCUCCAUCCAUUUCUCAUGAUGUCUAUGAGGAGCCCCGGCUCUGCCCAGCUGGUCCUGGAUGAAGUUGGCACCAUGGUGAACUGUACUGUCAAGGCAGAGGGAAAGAAGGAGGCUUGUUACGAGGCCCCCCAAGGCUCAGCCUCUGCAGAUGAACUGCCGCCUGGAAACCCAGCCCGCCCCCCCCAGGAUGGUGCUGAUCAGCAAGCUCCAGCCCAGGACAGCAGCUCCCUGGAGAACAGUGAGUCCCCAGAACCCAGGAGACCAGGAGGUUCCGAGGCUGCUUCUGGAAGCCAGGAGAAGCUGGACUUCAACAGAAAUUUAAAAGAAGUUGUGCCGGCCAUCGAGAAGCUGCUGUCCAGUGACUGGAAGGAGAAGUUCCUGGGAAGGAGCUCUGUGGAAACCAAAGAUGUGAAAGGGACCAAGGAGAGCCUGGCAGAGAAGGAGCUGCAGCUUCUGGUCAUGAUCCACCAGCUGUCCGCUCUGCGGGACCAGCUCCUGACUGCGCACUCGGAGCAGAAGAACAUGGCUGCGAUGCUCCUGGAGAAGCAGCAGCAGCAGAUGGAGCUGGCCCGGCAGCAGCAGGAGCAGAUUGCUAAGCAGCAGCAACAGCUGAUUCAGCAGCAGCAUAAGAUCAACCUCCUUCAGCAGCAGAUCCAGCAGGUCAACAUGCCUUACGUCAUGAUUCCAGCCUUCCCCCCAAGCCACCAACCUCUGCCUGUUACCCCCGACUCCCAGCUGGCCCUGCCCAUUCAGCCUAUCCCCUGCAAGCCAGUGGAGUAUCCGCUGCAGCUCCUGCACAGCCCCCCGGCCCCAGUGGUGAAGAGGCCUGGGGCCUUGUCAGCCCACCACCCCCUGCAGGAACCCUCCCAACCGCUGAACCUCACGGCCAAGCCCAAGGCUUCAGAGCUGCCUAAUUCCUCCAAUUCCCCCAACCUGAAGCUGAGCAACUGCGGACCGCGUCCCCCAAGCCACGGGGCCCCCACGCUGGACCUGCAGGCCAACCCCCCUAGCCUGCCUUUGGGCUUCCUUGGUGAAGGGGACGCUGUCACCAAAGCCAUCCAGGAUGCCCGGCAGCUGCUGCAUAGCCACAGCGGAGCCUUAGACGCUUCACCCAGCGCCCCGUUCCGCAAGGACCUCAUUGGCGUGGACACAUCGCCAGCCAAGGAGCGGCUGGAGGACAGCUGUGUGCACCCGCUGGAAGAAGCCAUGCUGGGCUGUGACAUGGACGGCUCCCGCCACUUCCCUGAGUCCCGGAACAGCAGUCACAUCAAGCGGCCCAUGAACGCCUUCAUGGUGUGGGCCAAGGACGAGAGAAGGAAGAUCCUGCAAGCUUUCCCAGACAUGCAUAACUCCAGCAUCAGCAAGAUCCUUGGCUCCCGCUGGAAGUCCAUGAGCAACCAGGAGAAGCAACCUUACUAUGAGGAGCAGGCCAGACUGAGCAGGCAGCACCUGGAGAAGUACCCCGACUACAAGUACAAGCCGCGGCCCAAGCGCACCUGCAUCGUGGAGGGCAAGCGGCUGCGGGUGGGCGAGUACAAGGCUCUGAUGAGGACCCGGCGCCAGGAUGCCCGUCAGAGCUACGCGACCCCCCAGCAGACCGGCCAGGUGCAGAUGAGCCCCUCAGAAGUCCUGUACCCGCGGGUGGCAGGCGUGCCCCUGGCACAGCCCCUGGUGGAGCACUACGUGCCCCGCGGCCUGGACCCAAACAUGCCCGUCAUCGUCAACACCUGCAGCCUCAGGGAGGAGGGCGAGGGCGCAGAGGACAGGCACUCGGUGGCUGAUGGUGAGAUGUUCCGGUUCAGCGAGGACGAGGACUCGGAGGGCGAGGAGAAGAGCGACGGGGAGCUGGUCGUGCUCACGGACUGA